AUGGAAAUUAUCAAGAAACAGUUUGAUAAUUUGUUACAUGAUGUAUCGUUAAGAUCGAACAAUCAUGGUUUAUGCAAAAUAGAAGAAGACAAAGAAGAAGAAGAAGAAGAAGAAGAAGAAGAAGAAGAAGAAAACACACAAUUUGUUCUUACUUUAUUCCAUCCAUGCAUUGAUGACGGUAUAGAAUACUUAUUAAAUAAUAAUUUUCAAGAAACAAUUGAAAUUGUUAAUGCAUGUUUGAAACUUGAUGAUCAAGAUUUUGCUAAACUGUUUAAGAACGAUAAGCAUACACCAGUAUUUAUGAUAAUUACAAAAUUAGCAUUACAUUUAUUAUCAAAUUUAAAUAAUUUAAAAUUAUUGGAAUAUGAUUAUUUACACAAUAUUGGAUUAUUAACUAUUCAAAUUAUACAUAAUAAAUAUAUUUUUGACCUUCUGAAAAAAGAAUUUUAUGAUAUAUUUUUUCGAUAUAGAUUUCAAUCAAAUAAUUUAACAGAAUGUCUUUUACAACUUAUUCAAAAUAUAACAAAUUCAGUAUUAACUCCAAUUAUUUGUUUGUGGUUAGAUAUCGUUGUUCAUUAUCAAGAUGUUGUCAGAAAACAAGACAACGACUUGGAUUAUACCUAUUUUGAGCCAAGAAAAAUCAUAUCAGACUGUAUUAUUAAACAAAUAUAUAAUCUACCAAAUAAUUUAAGACUACGUGGAUCAUUUUUCUUUUAUUUAACAUGUAUACCAUAUAAUCAUAUAAAUAAGGAUGAAACACUUGCAUCAAUAUGUCAUCAAUAUAUUCUUUCACAAAUGAAAGAUUUAAAUGAAUGGACAUCAGAUACAACACAUUGUGUUAUGGGAAGUGUUUGUUUUAUCACACAGCAUUUUUCUGAACACUUUAGAUAUGAUGAAAAAUAUUAUGAAUCGUUAUUACUUAUUGUUUCUUGCGAAAAACUUCAUAAAUCAUUAGUAUCAACAUGGACAAAUGAUGAAACAAUUUUAAUUCAUACAAUUAUACAAUAUUUCUAUACAAAUCUUGGUCAUGAUAAUGAAAAAAUGAUAAUUACACUUGGUACUACCAUUGACAAACUUCAUAAAUUAUAUGAAAAUAUUAAGAAUAAUUUAAUAAAAAUAAAUACAUGUUAUUUAAUUCUUGUAUCGACACAUGAAGAAAGUCAUGUCUCUGAUGAAAUUAUAUUGGAGUGUUUUCAAUAUAUUAAAAAUCAACAUCGAAUAACAUGGAAUGGAUAUUUCAGACUAGGAGAAGCGCAGAAAUUUUUAAAAGUAUUAAAAAAAGCAUGUCAUUAUGAUUCAAUUAAAGAUGCAAUAAUUAGACUAGAUAAGAUUAAUGAAUUAGUUGAUCUAAUCGAAUCUGAUUCCGAUAUUAUAUAUGAAAUCCUUGCGCUUCUAUCGACAAAACCAAAUGCUCAAAAAAUAUUACAAACAAAUCGUUAG